UUUCUUUAGGAUCUAGUCAUGUGAAAAGAUUACAUAUUGGAACAGAACGAUUUGUUUGUUGUUGGGCCCGAAGUACCAGCCAAUGUUUACCGGCCACGUGUUGGGAUGGAAAAAAAGACGAAAGGCUGGAUCUCGAAACUGUUCACAUUUGCAGUUUUAGCCGCUAUUAUUGUUCAGAUAGUGAAGAUAGUGAAUCCCAUUAACCGUGAUGCUUACAGAUCUGAUGGAGUCUGCAACAUCACUAGCUUUUAUUGGGUGAAAGCAACCUGUAUGCGGGAUAAUACUUUCUAUUUUCUGUACGACGUUCCUGUCGUGGCGGGUAUCUUUGUAAAACUAGAUGGUCGACCUGACGUUUUACCAGGAAAAAAGUUCAACAAUGUAACUUCGCAAAAGUAUGAAGCCCUCUUCCUCAACAAUUCCUAUCACAAGAACACCGCUAAAGAUAACAGCAGGGCGACACUUUAUGAUGACUAUUCAGACAACCCGCCGAUCAACUGCACUUCUGCUAACAUCGUAUCUACUAAACAACUUCUCCUGCAAUACCUCCCAAUACUUCAGGGUAUCCUAAACGUUGACUCUACAACCGUCCACACUUUGUCUUACUAUCCUGGCUCUUACUUCAACUGUACUUCCAACCAUUUGAACGGUUUCUCCGCUUUUAUCGACUAUCAGAGAGGCAUCAAGUUGUUGAUAAUACCAUUCGUUGUAACGAUGCUUGCUUUUGUUGGUGGAUUAUUCCUCAUUACGAAGUACGAUAUCGAUGGUCCUAUCAAAGAGUUCGCCACUUUCCUGUUGCAGAUUCUCUUCAUGGUGGUGUACCUUGUUAACUUCGUCUUCUUUGUGAUUGUACGUGUUAUUAUUGGACAGUUCAUCUUCAACGUGAGCCCUGGUGAACCAAUAGACUUUCUAACAGCUGGUUCUAUCUUCUUCCCUCUUGUUUGGUUAUACAAGAAAGUGAGAGAAGAGUGGAGGAAGAGACAGACUGUCUCCUCCUCCGAGCACAGCCUCCCCUCCUAGCACGGCCUCCCCCCAGAUACAAGUAAUUGCACAAACUGAUACCCCCCGAGUUAGUCCGCCCCCUAACACCCACUCCGCCACCACACCGCCCCCUAAUACCCGGCCCCAUGCACCACCUCCUAGUAUAAACCCACCUAGCUACCAAACUAUCGAUACUGAGGGAACUGUUAUUAGGAACAAUCUCGUACUUCAAUACCAUGGAGAGGAAGGGUUCAACAAUGACGACAUCUUACCUCCCCCUCCCACCUAUGAUGAGGCUAUCAGUCACCAGAUGUAAACUCAAUAAUAACGGACAACAAUAAUCGGACACAAUUUUACUGUUCAAGAUCAAUGUUUCCCGCAAUCAAACAACGAAUGAGUUCUAAACAUUUCCAACAAAAUCUUUAUAAUAUCGGUAAAAUAUUUUCGCCCAUCCUCAGUACCUAUAAAGAUAAGAUGGGGUUAAAACUCUAAUAAACAUUUCAAUAAAAAUUUAAACCAUGAAAAAUAGUAACAGUCUAAUUCACAAAAGGAUGAAAAGCACUCGGUUGUGGGCCAUGUGGGGGAUUGUGAGGCCCCAACUAGUAGUGAAUAUAAUACUAGUCCCUGCAUAGAGGAUAGAAUAAUUUAAGGAUCACUACCAAAAGAUUUAUUUUCAAAUAAGAGAGGCAUACCAAAAGGAUCACAUGAGUUAACACCAUACGGUUUUUAAGUUGUAAGUUUUUGGAUAAGGAGGUGUUCAUUAACUUCUUAAUUACUAGGACUAGAAUUUUUAAGGAUAAAAACGUAAUAUGAUGUGUCAAAAUCAGAUCUAUUACAGAUUUCAUACUGAGUAAACCAAAAAAACAUUAUAGGAUGAUAUGAUGACAGUGAGCAUUUUGUCCGUACUUUUUCGGUUGUAUUUCAUCUUUUUUGCAUUUUGUAAAUGUAGGGAGAGUUAUAUACAAUGUCAAGAUUACAGAAUUAGAUUAUUUUAGUUUUUAAUUUUUUAAUAUUGUACUUUAGUUUAUGUAAAUAAGCAGUUCAGGAAUGUAUAUUACAGUUAAUGAAUAUUUUCAAGAUUAAUCCUUAUUAAAGAUGAGAAAUUAUUUUCAUUUGUGAUCGCCUGACGUAGUUAUCUAUUGAAUCGCAUUGUUCACGUGGGCGCUUAAGACGCGCACCUUCGUCCCCACGCGCACCUUCGUCCCCCGCAAAAAGAGCACCUCUGUUGGAAGGGACUGCCCAUUGUCCACUGCCCAGUGUCGAGGACACUUGGCAUCGCUACGGAGAGUUCUUAUCUCUUUCAUCUCAUUUACUGCCCAAAUUGAAUAUAAACUGUUCAGUUAUCUCACAUCAGUUUUACGGUAAAAUAUGAUAUU